AUGAUUUCUGGUCGUUGUGCAGCUUGCAAGUAUCUGAGAAGGAGAUGUCCUUCAGAUUGCAUAUUCUUUCCCUAUUUUCCUCCCAAUAAUCCUGAAAGAUUUGCCUCUGUUCAUAGAAUCUAUGGUGCCAGCAAUGUUGCCAAAAUGCUCCAGGACACUUUUCGAUUCGUGAAGAUUGAGUGUUACUAG